GGGGCGCGGCGGCCCCGGAGUCCGGCGCUGCCUCAGGCCGCGGAGGCGAUGCUGGCUGCCGCGGGGCCCGAGGGGAUGUGACGAGCGGUCCUCGCCUCUCCGGCUGUGCUGGGGCCCGUAGGUCGCUGGGCGACCCGCAGCCGGGCCGCGACCUCCGCACGAUUCUUUCAAAGAUUUUAAGAGCAAAUGCACCUUAUAGCUCAUGGAAGAAAAAACACAAAUCAAGACGUUUUUGGGUUCCAAGUUGCCAAAGUACGGAACAAAAUCUGUAAGAAGUACACUGCAGCCAAUGCCAAAUGGGGCACCUGUUAAUUUAUUGGGAACUUCCAGGAAUGGCAAUGUCAAAAGUUACAUCAAAAAUAAUGGCUCUGCUUGUCCAUCAUCCCAUUCAUUUAAUUGGAGAAUGGCCAGUAAAUACCAACUCAGUGCACAGAGUGCUGAAGAGCCUGACAAUUCUCAGAGUUCACACGAUAAAGUAAUUGAUCCUGAAAAACACGCACCUACCCAAGGAAUGUUUGAUAAAAAUGGGAUAAAGGGAGGUCUGAAAAGUGUUUCUUUACUCACAUCGAAGUUAGCAAAGCCAUCCACCAUGUUUGUGUCAUCUACAGAGGAGUUAAACCAAAAGACUUUGUCUGGAGCAUCUAAUUUGGGUAAAUUCACCAAAGGCAAAUUAUUAGGAAGGACUUCCUAUUCUUCAGUCAGUGCGCCAAAAUCGCAGUUGAAUGGGUUUUAUGGGAACCGAUCAGCUGGUGGCAUACAAAGGCCGAGAGCAAACUCCUGUGCCACCAGGAGCAGUUCUGGGGAGAGUUUAGCACAGUCCCCAGACAAUGCUAAGUCUCUUACGUGUGAGAAAAUGGUAAGGUCACAGAGCUUUUCACAUUCCAUCCAGAAUCCAUUCCUCCCACCGUCAUCUCUCACCAGAUCACAUUCCUUCAACAGAGCUGCAGAUCUCCCAAAGCCUUAUCAGAACCAACAGCUACCCAUCAGGGUGCCUCUGAGGGCGAGCAUGCUAACUAGAAAUUCCCGGCAGUCGGAAGUACUCAAUGCGAAUGAGCGUUUAGGCUAUGGGUUUAACAGGCCUUAUGCAGCUGCGGGAAAGAAGGUGGCUUUACCAAACGGCCCAGGGGUAACUUCCACUUUGGGUUAUCGGGUGGUUCAUCCCUCUCUACUGAAAUCUAGCCGACCUCCGUUUUCUGGGACUAUCACCGUUGAUGGUAAUAAAAAUUCAUCUGCUGACACAUGUGUAGAGGAAGAUGCUGCACUUUUGGCCAAGGACAGAGCUGCUGCUAAGGACCAAGCGCUGAUUGAAAAUGAUAGUUAUAGAACAGAAAAUGACCAGACCAUGAAGCGUGAUGCUAAAACUAGAUUCCUGAGUGAUGAUGUGGAUGACAUUUCCUUGUCUUCUCUGUCAUCUUCUGAUAAGAAUGAUUUAAGUGAAGACUUUAGUGAUGAUUUUAUAGAUAUAGAAGACUCCAAUAGAACUAGAAUAACUCCGGAGGAAAUUUCUCUCAAAGAAGAAAAGCAUGAAAAUGUACCAUCGAAGGAUGUAUUUGAUUCCCCCAAGGAAAAUGAAAAAUCCUUCAGUAAAACUGAUGAGUGGAUAGAUUUAAGUGUCUCUGACAGGAGUGAAUGUACAAAACAUCCUUCUGGGGAUAACUUGAUUUCACCAGAUGCAGAUUACAGAGCUGGUUCUUCGUUUGAACUCUCUCCCUCGGAUAGCUCUGAUGGGACGUACAUGUGGGACGAAGAGGGCUUGGAGCCCAUUGGAAACGUCCAUCCGGUUGGCAGCUAUGAGUCCUCUGAAAUGAACAGCAUAGAUAUUCUGAAUAACCUUGAAUCAUGUGACCUUGAGGAUGAUGACCUUAUGCUUGAUGUGGAUCUGCCUGAGGAUGCACCUCUUGAAAAUGUGGAGUGUGACAAUAUGAACCGCUUUGACCGAUCAGACAGGAAUGCCCGGCCGCCUCAGGAAGGAUUUUGGAAAAGGCCGACCCAGAGGUGGAGCGGACAGGAACAUUACCAUCUCAGCCAUCCUGACCACUACCAUCACCACGGGAAAAGUGACCUGAGCAGAGGCUCUCCCUAUAGAGAAUCUCCUUUGGGUCAUUUUGAAAGCUAUGGAGGGACCCCCUUUUUCCAGGCUCAGAAGAUGUUUGUGGAUGUACCCGAAAACACAGUGAUAUUGGAUGAGAUGACCCUCCGGCACAUGGUCCAGGAUUGCACUUCUGUAAAAACCCAGUUACUCAAACUGAAACGUCUGCUGCAUCAGCACGAUGGAAGUGGUUCAUUGCACGAUGUUCAGCUGUCAUUGCCGUCCAGUCCGGAACCGGAAGAUGGUGAUCAGAUAUAUAAGAUUCUUAGGCGUGGGAUAAUGAAUCAGAGUGCAGAUGUUUUUAUGAUUCUCAUAUGUGCAGCCAUAUGUUUGUCCAGAAAGAAUGAAGAUUUAUUAAAUGAAAUAAAACAACUUAAAGAGGAAAUAAAGAAAAAAGAUGAAAAAAUUCAACUGUUAGAACAUCAGCUUGCAACUCAGUGUCACUGCCACCAAAAAUCUAAAGAGGAAAAAUGCACAUAUGCCGAUAAAUAUACCCAAACACCCUGGAGAAGAAUUCCUCCUCAAGUACUACAGCCUUCCAGCAGCCUUCCCAGACUCUCAGACCACGCCCAGGGAAAACUAGUAAAGCCACCACAUAUCGAGGCCCUCAGUGAGUGCAUAAUCCAGGGCAUGCCUCAGGGCGAUGCACAUCUGGAUGAAAGCUUUCCACACGGCUUGCAGCAAGAGAGCAGCUGUGGUCUGGAAGACCGGCCUUUGUCGUCAAGCCCGCAAUUCACUAAGGAUGUGGCAAAGAGUACAUCUUCUGAAGCAGACUUGAACAUGACCACGAAUGCUCAAGAGCCUUAUCAUUUGGCAGAUAAUCAAAUUAGUGACGUGCAGUUUGUCCCCACUUCUCUUCAGGCACCUCCCCCGUCAAGAACAGGAGACCAGGCUCAGAGAGUUGGAGGAAAUGAGUCUUCACUGGAGGGCCACGUGCCUCAGCCCAAGUCCUCGCAGCUUUGUAAGCCGUCCGCCUUGCAUUCUUUGGCACCUCUUCCAGUUUCUGAAUCAUCUUCAAGUAGGACUCCCACUUGUAAGAAGUCACCAAUGAUCAUACCAUGUAAUUCAGCUAAACUGCAGCCAACAUCUAGUCAAACAAAUCUUGCAAAUAAUCCAAAUCCAAAAGCGUCUAAGCUCCGCCCCCCUUCUGGCUCUUUCAAGCAGAAACCAAUAAGCAACCCCGGAGCAGAGCCUCAGAACUUCCCAGCCAAGACAAGCAUCCCGAGGCCACUCACAAGGAAAAAAGAAAUCAUGCAGAAUCCAAAUGGCAAUUUGAAUUCUGGGGAUUGUUUGGCUUCUAAUCGAUAUUCUCGUCUUCCUAAACCAAAGAUACAUUGAGCACCUAGCCAUCACCUGCCAAUUUGUUUUUUUAAAGAACGGUCUGUUCUGUAAUAGCUUUACGUGCUAUUUGCUACCAUGAUGGAGGUUCCAUUGCAAGCUUGCAAAUCUUGAAAUUAAAAUGUGGAAGCUUCUACUAGUAGUUUGGCUCUUCCAUUUCAUAUCCUGGUUGAAGUACAUAGCAUUUUGGCAUAUUUGUCUCAGGUAAACACAGAAGUUUGCUUACCCAUCUCAGAGGCCUAACACAAGGCUCCAAUCAUGUUAUCCAUUCCUCUGCACGUCAGAGAAUUCCUAAUAUUCCACUUGGCAGGCAAGAAAUGUGCUUUGCUAACUUAGUCCUUUGAAGGUCUGCAUUAAUCGUGAUUCUCAGAGCCUCACCCUUUUUCACUUGUCCCUCCUGUGAACAUGGUUACUAUUUUAACUAAAGAUUUGGUGAUAAUGGAAGAUGGUAGUCUUUAAACAGAGUUCUGGCCGGUGUCUGUAUACCUAAAAGGUCUAUGCAAAAGCUCUGGUGAACACAGGAGAUCAGGCUUUUAAGGGGAAGUCUGUGUAAGCUUUAUUUUUCCUUGCUAGGAUCAGCAAGCUUGUCUCAAUAUUUAUUUAUUUACCAGACAAAUUCCCCAGGCUAAAAAUGUUUCAUAUUAUAUAUAUAAACCAAUUAUAUGUUACUUUAACAUCUUGUUUUACACACACACACACACACACACACACACACACACACACACACACACCCCGCAUUUUUAUUUGUUUUUUGCUACUGGAUGAAUUUUAGAAAGCUUGAGAUACAUCUUGAAACCUGUACUUAAAGAUGUAUUCAUUUGUAACAUAUGUUGGUGCUAGAGUUUUGCUGGUAAUUCAGUUUUGAACCCUAUAGGCUUACGGAUCCAUGAGAGCUGUUUUAAGGUUCCACAGCAUAUAUUUUAAAUUCCUGUUGUAAUAUUUAUAUUUAUUGACUUUCUGCUAAUAUCCGAAGACUGGAAUAAUGGACUUGAAAUGUUUGCACAAAACUUUGAUGGGAUAUAAAUAUCUCAUAUGUAGGGAUUUGAAACUAUUUUCUAUAGGCAAACAAGUUAAAGUAUGUUGAGAAUAAUUAUAAAUUUAAGUAAGACUAUCUUGAGAAAGCUGGAAUUCAUAAUAGUUUUGUUUUUCUGAGUUUUCCAGGUUUCCCUUUUAUGUUGGUGUGUGUUUGAACGACAAGUUUCUUGAAAAGUAGGUUUGGGAAGAGAAGUAGAAUUGGAGAGGGGAAAUGUGUCUUAUUAAAAGGUAUUAAAAGAUAUUUCAGUGGCAACAUGCUCAUUCCUUUUACUGUGCUAGGAAGGGAGCUCUGGAGCCUCCCAGGGACCACGUGCACGCACCUAAUCAUGCUGUGGGCCAGUCGUCUGAUGGCUCAGUGACUUUGCCCUCCUGUUCUCCCAGAUCAUGUCAGCUUUCGGUUGUUCACCUGUUGCUGUUUUAAUUGGAAUUAAGGUCUUUCAGACAGAUAGCCUUUUAUAGAGUCAAUUUUGGUUGUGAUCAGCUGACCAAAAAUGUUUCAAAAGGGAUUAUGGCCAAAAAGUUAGUCACUCAAAUUUCUAAGGAUUCCUUUAACAAACGUACAUUGGUGAAAUUGUCAGACCCUUUUCAGAGAAACAACAGCAAGUGCUUUAGUGGAAAUUUCGAAAGAGGAGUUUACUACCAUUUUGACGCAGUUUUCCCUUACCUACCAGAGAACCAGUCGAGAGAAUUUGCCCUUCCCUGGACACAGACUAUUUUUGCAUUUGGCGACAGGUGAGCAGCACACAUCCAGUGCCAUACUCUUAUUCGAUAGCACUUCUGCCAGAGAAGCGCUGAGUUUCAGAAUGUCUGUCACACGGUCCAGGUGUUAUUAGUAUAAAGUGACCGAGCACAGCAGAGCUCUCGUGUGUUCAUGGAGAAGAGCAGGGACAGCUGCAGCUGUGAGUGGGGACAUGUGGUUUUUCAUUUUGAAGGAGAAAGCUGAUCUCAUGUGUUGUAAAUGGGAUAUUACCGCACCACAUUUCCCUAAAGUGAAACAGACUGAGGAAUUAGUAGGUUUUUGGUUUAUUAGGAGUUGGUAUAGACUCUUGUGGAACAUUUUGACAAGUACGCCUUUAUCUUUAGGGGAAAAGUUUUAAAUCUUUACUUUAUUUUAAACCCCCUAGUCUGAGGGAAAUGUCUCUGUCUGUUAUAUAAAAAUGUUGACUCCUGCAGUUUGUUUGUUCCGAUCUUUCCUGCUCUCUUUUGCCACCGAUGAAUUUGCAGAAAUACUAACCAAUCAGUUUAACUUCUCUGUACUUUUCUUGAGCCUUAAUCUUGGCAGAAGUCUCAUCAGUGUAAUUAUGAAGUGUAAUAUACGUGAGAGAAGAACAAUCUAGGAUGCUUGCACAAAACAACGAAUUAUUUGCCUGCAGUUUUCUUUUAAAAGCUGCCAGAAUAAUUAUUCCGCUAGUCUGCUCCUUAGUAAAUGUCAAGUCGCAAAUUCUGAGAUGAGGAUGUAGCUCACCUGAACCGUGAGAGAUCACGCUCUCUGAUUUGGCUGGAUCUCUGUUUAGUGCUUCUCUAAGUCAGCUCUGUGCCAAACCCUCCUCCACAGGAACUCAGAUCCCUUUUUGUCUUAGUUCUUGUGAUUUCAGUGAAGAUGGUUGCAACGUAUGAGUUCUACGUCCUAAAGAAGAAGUGUUUUGGAAGUUUAAGUUUCACAUUUGUGAAAGAGAAAAUUAAUAGAGUAUGUAGAAUUAUACAUUUGACUGUUAAUGGGAUGCAUAUCAAAUUCUUUAAAGAAAGCUUGGCCUAAGGAGUUAAUCAGUACAGGUGCAGAUGAUUUUAAGGCAUUAAACAAAGAAUUAUAUAGUUAUAUCAUUUAGAAUGUUUCUAAUAACUGAGACCCUUUAGCAUUUUUCUUUUGGAGUCUCAUUUUAAUUUGUGCAAUAUUUUCAGGCAUAUAGACUACUGUUCAUUGUAUUUAUAUAGAUAGUAAGGAACUUAUUAACUAUUUUAACAAAUAAAAAUCUGAAUAUGAAAGAAAAUAUCAGAUUUGCACUUUAAAUGAGCUUAAUUGCUUGGAGUUGUGCCUGAAAUAUCCAAAUGCCUCCUAUUGGGUGUGGCUUUCUUUGUUGAAAUGAAUUUCUCUAUAAUUGUUGCUGUUUGAAGUACAGCUUCUCACAGAAUUGUAUCCUCAGCAUGUCACUUUCCCCAUUAAAGCGCUAAGUUCUUUGAGUGUUUCAUUGUCCCCUUAAGUAUUUUACUCAGUGUAUCAAAGAGAACAUGAUUCCCCCUAUAGCUGCCCCGUCUUAACCUUCCUGUAGCGUAGAUGGUAUUACGGACACGCAGUCCGUUCCUUAGCAGGGUUGUCAGGACGUUUCCCUGGUCUCUAGGGCACUGAAGAUGUAAUCCGGAAUCACCACAUAGGUUUGCAAUGAAGAUCAGUAAGACUGCAGCACAGGUUCACUUUACUCCCCAUCUUACACAGUAGUUUUCGUGUUUAUGAAUUAGUUGGGGUGGUUAUGUUUGCAUGCUUAUGCACACACUGAAAAUUAAUUAUAGCUGUAAUACAGAUACCUGAUGUUUUUCCUUGGGGAUGAUCGAUCUUGCUAUUUUUCUCAAUUCUGAUGCUUGAAUUACAUUUUCUAGUUUUCUUUCCACACCUCCCUUCAGUUUUUCUGCUGCAGCAAUUUGAAACAAUACGUUUGGACAAAUGAUUAUGGUGGUGGGUGCCAAUCUACAGCUAUGCUAUUAAUUAAAGUACAUCGUAUGUUUUAACCUUGCUGGGGAAAAGCUACCCACUUUCUCCUUGGUAAAGCAUUGCCAUAAUGGAAUAAUCCUGACCCUGAGAAUUAGAGUCUCUUAAGUCAUUACUAAAUAAAAACAAAACAUCACAAUCUUUAAUAUCUGCAGUAUUGUUUUUCCCAUUGAUUUAAAAAACCAGUUCAGAGUAAAUACUGUAUAGUAGAAUUUGCUUGUAAAAUGAAUUAUAAAAACUGGAUGUAAAGUCUCUUUCCGGAAAAUGUUGGCAUAGUAAAUAAAAAUAAAGUUCAUAAUUAUAAAAGUGUU